UCUUCCCUCACUAUUUCUGGAGGCGGGGAAGACCAAGUACAUUCGAGAGGGGGGUGUUGUGUUUUGUUUGGCGCUGGGAGAUGGAGCCCUGGUGGACCGUCGGAGGCGGUUCCCGCCCGGCCAGCAGAAUCCCCUGCAGAAAUUUUGCCCGUGGUGCCUGCAGAUGGGGUCAGAAUUGCCGAUUCUCCCAUGAUAGGAAGACGACCCAGAUCUGCAAGUAUUUCCAGAAUGGAAACUGUGGUUAUGGAGACCGCUGCAGCUACCAGCAUAUCUUGGAAGCACCCGUCUUGAGCAGAUGUGGGUCAGAGUCUGCCCGUCCUGCACUGCUAGGAAGUAUGUUGUUGCUGAAUCGUCGAGGCUCAGAGCCAGCCAUUUCUCCAGAAGCUUCGGUGAGGAGCUGGGGUAGUGCCCGGCGUGACUCUGAACCAGCUUUCUCGGGCAUGGCGCAAUUGCAGACGAACUUCGGAAGCAUGAGCAUGUCGUUGGAUGAGGGAGAUGAAGAUGCUGAAAAAACUACCUCUUCUCUGCACCCCCCGAAUUGGGCUCUCAGUAAAGAAUUUGUCCCCAGGAAGGCAGCUUCAGAUUCUAGAUCCCAUGAGCAGAAAACUGAUGCUACACCCUUGAUGCCAGAAAGUGCGCCCAUUAAGGAGGCUGCUCCUGCUUCUCUGGUUUCAGAGGAGCCAAAGGCAGCUGGUGGUUCAGGAGCAGGAGCGGCGGCGGCGGCAGGUGCCAUGGCUGCUGUGUCCCAGAGUGAGGAUGUGGUUUGCGGCAUCUGCAUGGACAAGAUUUCUCAGAAGGCCUUACCUGAGGAACGCCUUUUCGGCAUCCUUCCCAACUGCACCCAUGCCUAUUGUGUUGGCUGCAUCCGGAAGUGGCGGAAGAGUCGGGACUUUCACAGUACAGUGAUAAAGGGCUGCCCAGAGUGCAGAGUCACUUCAACUUAUUUUAUCCCCAACAAGUACUGGGUUUUUGAAUCAGAAGAGAAGGAAAAACUCAUUGAGACUUUCAAGGCACGGACUAGCAAAAUAAGAUGCAAGUUCUUUAUCAGAGGAAAUGGUCACUGCCCAUUUAAAUCGGAGUGCAUCUACUUGCAUGAGCUUUCUAGGGGCCAGCUCCCUACUGCAAGGUCACGACAACGACCUGAUCGGAGGAGGCGUCAACCCAUUGCCUAUAAUCUGUCUCCAUCAGACAGCUCGGAUGAGGACGAUGAUGACAUGUACCUUGUCCAGUGGGCUCUUACCUUUGCCCUCCUGCAGAGUGAUAGAGACUUCGACUUUUCAGACUUUCUCUGGGAUUCAAGUGAUUCUUCUGACUAGUUGAUGAUAACGACGACAACUAUGUCUUUUCUGGAAGCUGUGUAUAACUGGCUCUGGGAACAAUCAUAAUGGAAUGUGAAGCUGUGGCUUGAAAGGGUGGGUGUGGAAUGAAAGAUGUCUUGACUCUUGAUCAGCUUAAUGGCUCUUAGUUGUCUGGCAGGUCUUUACCAUGUAGAGAAACACGAUGCAAGAACUCAUUCUAUAUUGGGGAAGGCUCCCUGAUUCACAGGCCCAGCUAAUGCUAUUUCCACUUUUGGCACAUUGUAUUUUUUAUAUUGCACCAAUUGCACUGCCAAUCUCUUGUUCUUUGCUUGUGUAGAUCUUUACAUCGCCUCUUUUACAGUCAAUAACAUCCUGGGUUUCUUGACAUAGGGCCCAUGGAGAGCCUGCCAGUGGUUCCUCUUCCAGGUUUUCUGGAGAGUCUGAAUGAAUUGGUGUGUUCAUGCUGCUGCAUAUUUGUGUCCUCAGGAAGGCAGGGUUGCUGAGCAGUGCAAUCAUCUACAGCAGGCAGCACCUGCAUCUCACUUUGUUGUGUAGCAGUACUGUUAUUGGGUGUCUAUACAGUAGGCCAGAUGUAGGUGUAGGGAGGGGCUUAGUGUGUGCAUGUGGGGGAGUGUAAGCUAAACCUCUAUUUUUUAUUGAUGCAGUGAUCAGUUAGUACCAGAAGCUUUACUCGGUAAUGAAAUCCUUAGGAUCAGGGAUCAGUAAGCCCCCAUACGUAUUUUUUUAUCCUGGAAUCAUAUGGAGAAUAAAAACGAAGUUGUACAAA